CACACACACACACACACACACACACACACACGUACACACACACACGCACACGCACGCACACACGGAGCAUCCUCCCGUCAGGUUUCCCGGUCCAGCCCCGCCCGCACCUCCUGCUUCCCGCAGACCUUCUCCCUGCAUCCCUACACACCUCGCCUCUCCAUUCUUUCCGGCUCCGGGACUCUCCCCGCCGAUCCCCCACAACACCCUGGGAUGGAGCGACUCCAGCCAGCCCGGAGCCCCCCGCGACCGGGGUGAAAGUCCUUCGCCCCUCUCCUGCCCGGCAUUCGCCCCAACACCAUGGGCCUGAGGGGUUCCUGGGGCGCCGGACGCUGAAAAUGACGGAUGCUGGAGCUCUCUUGAGUCAUGGCUUCCUCAAAGCUUCGAGAACCUGUGGAUGAAGUUUUUGACCUGGACUUGGCUGUACCAGAGACCACCAGACUGGACAGCAGCUUACACAAAGCCAGGGCUCAGUUGCUGGUCAAGGGCCGGAGACACCGGCCUUCCCGCUCCAGGCUACGUGACAGUACCAGCUCGGCUGAGGACGGUGAAGGCUCUGAUGGGCCCGGAGGCAAGGUGACCGACGGCUGCGGCAGCCCGCUGCACCGGCUGCGCUCGCCUUUGCACUCGGGUCCAGGCUCCCCAGCCGGUGGCUCUUUCUGCCUGGAGCCGCCGGGCUUGAGACGCAGUCUGGAUGAGGACGAACCGCCGCCCUCGCCACUCGCUCGGUACCGGCCCCUGCACAACGCCGCCUCGCAUGAGGGCCUGGCUGCCACGUCCGGCUCGCCACCGCGCUCCGCACCCUCCUCCGACAGCUCCCCCAGCUUCGUGCGUCGCUACCCUCGAGCAGAGCCGCACAGCGAAGACGACAGCCGGGAUGCCAGCCCCCCUGAGCCUGCCAGCCCCACCAUCGGCUUAGAUAAGAAGACUCGCAGAAAGUUCCUGGACCUGGGGGUCACUCUCCGCCGAGCAUCUACCAGCAAGAGCCGGAAGGAGAAGGGUAGCAACCGCCUGUCCAUGGGCAGCAGGGAGUCUGUAGAAGGCUCUGGAAGGACAGGGGGCUCUCCAUUCCUGCCCUUUUCCUGGUUCACAGACAGCGGCAAGGGCUCUGCUUCCUCGGGGAGCACCACCUCUCCAACCUGUUCCCCCAAACAUGAGGGCUUCAGCCCCAAGAAGUCAGCUUCCCAGGAAUCUACCCUGAGCGAUGACUCCACACCUCCCAGCAGCAGCCCCAAGAUCCCCGGUGGCCCUCGACAGGAGACCAAAUGCUCCUAUCCCUACCAUACGUUGUCCCAGUCCUCAGAUGAGUUUCUGGAUGAGUCCCUCCCUGCUGUAGAACACUGGACCAGCCAGCAGGUGGGUCAGUGGCUGCACAGCCUCAACCUGGAACAGUAUGUCGCUGAGUUUGCUGCCCGGCAGGUGGAUGGGCCGCAGCUCCUACAGCUGGAUGGAAGCAAACUGAAGAGCCUGGGGCUUAGCAAUUCGCAUGACCGGGCACUGGUGAAGCGGAAGUUGAAGGAGCUGGCAGCGGCUGCUGAGAAGGAACGGAAGGCGCAGGAGAAGACCGCACGGCAGCGGGAGAAGCUGCGGCGCCGCGAGCAUGAGGCCAAGAAGAGCUAGGAAUGGCUGGCGGGGCUGGCACCCCGGCGCACUUGCAGCCACCUGCAUGGGCCUCACCAGGAAGGCAGGGUCUAGGCACCAGGUUCUUGGAGCACAUGGCCCCCUCUCACCCUGUUUGGACUGAGUCCUCUGGAGGGAGACCCCAGGGGGAGGGCCCAGUAAUAAACCCAAUUUCGAGGACUUGUUUGGCGCAGGCUUCCAGGGGGAAGCAGGUGGCAGAGGAAGAGGGCAGAGGCCAGGAAUGCAGCAAACGUGGAGCCCAGAGGAGCCUGGUUCAGGCUGAACCACCGCCCUCUGACUAGAGUGGUACUGAGCAGGAAGUGAUCUAGCUGGAGAGGCCCUACCAUGGCCAGGAUUCCUAGGCUUAGAGAGUAGCCUGGGCGACCUGACUGGAGACAGGAGAUAGCUGUGUCUCCUCAGCUCUUGAAGGUGGCUGUGUGGUGGGAGAACAAUUCUCCCCAGAAAGGCCAGUGGGCACUGCCAGUAGCACUGUGAGUGGAUUCCCAGACACCCCCUCAGAGGAGAGAAAAGUGAGCAGGGAAGGGUAAACUGGCCUCUGUAAGGACCGCAAAGGGGAGAAGGGGGAGCAUUUUCACAUUCAUAUUCUUUCUCUCUCUCUCUCUCUCUCUCUCUCUCUCUCUCUCUCCCCCUCUCCCUCCCUCCCUCCCUCCGUCCCUCCCUCCCCUUCGCUACCCUGCAGGUUCACACAGAUCUGCUCCUCUCCCACUGGGCCAGGAGUAGGUCUUUGACCCUUUCACAAAGCUAGAAUACACUUCUUCAGAAAGUACUUGAGCCUUCUCUGAGGGCAGGAAAAAUUGGGAGCUGUUGGGGACAUAGGACAUUCCCCACUAGUGCCUAGAUGAUGAAGAGGCAUGAUCUAAGGAUGGUCUUUAGGCUGCCAGAUUUAAAGGGUCUGUUGGCUUCCCAGGUGCCUACAGUGGACAUACUGCUGGCUUAGGUUUGCUAGGCUACAGAGGGGGACUGGGCCAGCCUUGGAUGGGACUGGCACGUGUCCUUUGUAGGACAUGUUCAGAGAUAGAGAGUCCAGGUGUCAUGCUGACCCAGCUUCUUGGGUGCUGGUCAGUUACUACUGGGCCCAGGUUUCUGAUGAGAAACCCCCACCCCUCCCAGUUUCCUGGAGGGGUGGACAGGACCUGCAUGCUAACUCCCUCUCUCCUGCCUGGGAAAAUGGCUGAAGGCCAGGGCCCUGUGCUUGGGCUCAGUCAUCUGCACUGGGAGUGGGGCCUCAGAGGGAAACUAAGGUAUAGGGGCAUUGGCACUUCCUAGACUGGGUGGGGAGGGUGGAGGCCCGACUGUCCCUGAAGCCGUCAGGAGCCAAGUGUGCCCACCUGCAUGUGAAGGGGGAAGAUGGUUAUCAACUUCUUUCAAUAAAUACUUACCACACACCA